CUCCAGGGGGCGCUCUAUGCAGGAGUAGAGGGGCCCAUGAGGACCAAAGAGUUCCAGUGUGAAGGCCAUGAGUCUGCUCUCCUGGAUUGUCAGAUUGACAGCUCAGGCUCAGCUAGAGACACCUGCUCAUCUGGCAAAGCUGUUGAACUCACCUGCUCAGAGCCCAAUAAUGUUCGGUUGGUGGGAGGAUCCAGUCAAUGUGCUGGUGAACUGGAGGUCAAACACCAGGGACGGUGGGAAGAGGUGGACGACCAAACAUCUGACUGGAAUCUAAAGACAGCAGAUGUUGUGUGUGAACAACUGGACUGUGGCUCUGCUGUUUAUACAGGGAAGAUAAUGAAUAACUAUUACAAAACAAUAUGGCAAAUUAGAUCAACUUGUCUUCGGUCCAUGUCUGCAGUUAGGGAAUGUGUGUUUACAUCGCUUGACACUUCACUUUCCAACCUGGAGAUCAAGUGCUCAGGACCUGUCAGGCUGGUUAAUAGGACUAGUCCAUGUUCCGGCAGACUGGAGGUGAAGUCUAACCAUUUGUGGUCCUCAGUGUGUGAAGACGACUUUGACCAGCAGGAUGCAGAGGUGGUCUGUAGGGAGCUUGGCUGUGGGGCUCCUUCAGUCCUCCAGGGGGCGCUGUAUGGAGAGGUGGAGCCCCCAGUGUGGUCAAAAGAGUUCCAGUGUGGAGGCCAUGAGUCUGCUCUCCUGGACUGUGGAAGCUCAGGCUCAGGUAGAGACACCUGCUCAUCUGGCAAAUCUGUUGAACUCGCAUGUUCAGAGCCUGAUGACGUCCGGUUGGUUGGAGGACCCAGCCGCUGUGUCGGUAGACUACAGAUGAAAUACAAGGGAGAGUGGAGACCAGUGGCUGAUUCCACCUUUAACUGGGACCUGGUGUCUGCAGCUUUAGUGUGUAGGCAGCUGGACUGUGGCUCUGCUCUUUCAACAGAAAGAAGAGAUGAUUUAGGAAACCGCAAAGCAUUGAUAACUGUAUCUGCCUGUGGUCCGUCUGAGUCUGCAAUCAGAGAGUGUGCAUUCAUAUCGCACCGGACUCAUUUUUUGUCAGCGCAUAGCCUGACAGUCAUCUGCUCAGGAUCUGUCAGGCUGGUUAAUGGGACUAGUCCAUGUUCCGGCAGACUGGAGGUGGAGUCUAACCAGUUGUGGUCCUCAGUGUGUGAAGACGACUUUGACCAGCAGGAUGCAGAGGUGGUCUGCAGGGAGCUUGGCUGUGGGGCUCCUUCAGUCCUCCAGGGGGCGCUGUAUGGAGAAAUGGAGCCCCCAGUGUGGUCAAAAGAGUUCCAGUGUGGAGGCCAUGAGUCUGCUCUCCGGGACUGUGGAAGCUCAGGCUCAGCUAGAGACACCUGCUCAUCUGGCAAAGCUGUUGAACUCACCUGCUCAGAGCCUGAUGACGUCCGGUUGGUUGGAGGAGCCAGCCGCUGUGUCGGUAGACUUGAGAUGAAACAUUUUGGAGAGUGGAGACCAGUAGCUGAUUCCUCCUCUAACUGGGACCUGAUGUCAGCGUCUUUAGUAUGCAGGCAGCUGGACUGUGGCUAUCCUCUUUCAACAGGAAGAAGAGAGGAUUUGCACAACCAAGAUGCUUGGAUAAUAGCAUCUUGUAUUCCGUUUUACUCUGGAAUUAGAGAAUGUGCAUUCUUAUCGUUCGGGUAUGAUUCUAAUAGAAGGGUUCUAAGUCUGGAAGUCACCUGCUCAGAUAUUCUGGCUCGGCCAAACAUCUCCUUCUCUACCUACACUGACGGGGAUUCUGAGGCCAAGCAGCAGGGGCUUCAGGUGCUCAUGGGCUCCAACUUCACCAUCAGCUGCUCCAUCCUGCCACAGUAUCCAGAAGGCUCCUUCCAGCUUAUCUUCACCAACUCCAACACAACACAGAACUACACCCUGCCAGCUGUCAAUCACUCUGCCCAUUUCCUGUUCUCUGCUGCAGACCACACCCACCAAGGGAACUACAGCUGUGUUUAUCACUUCUAUGUUUUCUACCAUAACUUUUCUUCUGAGAGCCAGCCACUCCAUCUCACUGUCUCAGCCUCUUCACCAGAUCUGAUCAUUGGGCUGGUUGUCCUAGUGCUGAUUGUGGUCUUCAGUGCUGGUCUGUUUUUCUACUGCAAGGCCAGAAAAAGCCAGAGGCUGGGACGAGAGGAGAACACUGAGAUUAAUGAGUAUGUUCUUAUGAGGUCCAGUACUGAAGACUGACUAGAUGAAGAUGCUGGAGCCCAGAGGAAAGAGUAGUAUCUCCACGGUGGUUGUUUCACAUUCAGAUAUAAGAAAAUUGAAAACAGUGUUUUAAAAACAGCAAUAAAGCUUUUUUUCCCCCUCA